AGCGUGUCGUAAAAUCUGUGCAUCCGAGAAGUAAACUGCAAUUUCUUCCCAGCUGACACGUUGAAUUAUGAAAUUGUUUUUCUGGCUGCAUUUUGCGCGGAGUUGCUGCAUUUUAAUAUCAGGACGGAGGCUGUGUAUUCUCGGAGGAGGCAGAAAAUUGAACCGGGGCUCUCCGCUAGCUCGCAGGCUUCACGACAUAACGCCUUCCUGUAUCGGAUGACGCGUGUGGACAGAAAGCCGGUAAACAUUGAAGAACACGGGCUGCAGAGGUGCACAGAGGUUCGUCUUGAGCUGUACACAAACGGCGUCUGUAGACACUGUUAUGCCUCAUGAGACUUGGUCCCUGCGAGGGGUUCCCCCUCAGGUCAAACCAGCAACCGGUGGACUUGUCAGUUGCCCUUUCUGCCCUCGGACAGCAGAGUACCCCGCUGUGGCUGCACACCUUCAGAGUCAUCAGAGGUCGAUGGUACAAUAUGAAGGUUUUGACAUUUACAAAUGCCACCAGGCAUGUUUGAAAGACGGUCACUACCACUGCGACUUGUGUCAGAGGGCAAUUGGGAGGAAGGAGCUGUUUGAGAAACACCUUAGAAAGUGUUCUUCAACGUCGAGGGAACAUCAGACCGGAAAAUCUGAUGAAACCGUCAUCAGUGACCCUCUUUCUCCAGAAUCCGAGAUGCACACAGAAAAUGAUUUGAUCUCUGACAAAACAGGCUCAAAAAUGGCGACGUACACAGCCGAAGUCGCUACAGGGCAUUCUGUUGGGGUGGAGGUGAGCCCAGAUAUCCACAUCUGUGGCUUCUGCAAACGGGAGUACACUAACUUUGACGUCUUUCGCGCCCAUAAGCAAAAUGGAUGUUCGUUGCCCACCUCUGAUACACCAGGCACCACUGCACCAGCCUCUCUCACAGAUUCCAGCACUGAUUUUGUUUUUGAGAAGACCAACCAGACGUGCGUUAUGAGAGACGUCAAAAAGAUCCUGACCAAAGCACAAAAAACACCUUCCAAAAAAUUAAAACCUGCCCUGACUUCAAAGAGACACAGCUGCUGUUUCUCAGGUUGCACUUUUAAGACACAGUAUGGCCAAAAAGACAUGGAGCGGCAUCUCAAAACCCACACUGGUGAGAAGCCGUUUGAGUGCGAGCUGUGCCACAAGCGCUUCAGUCGGCGAGACAAGCUCAACAUGCACAGCCGCUCGCACACAGGCGAGAAGCCGCACAAAUGCAAACACUGUCCCUAUGCAGCUGCAGACAGCAGCAGUUUGAAGAAGCACCUGCGUAUCCACUACGAUGAGCGACCGUUCAAAUGCCAGAUCUGUCCUUACGCCAGCCGAAACUCGAGCCAGCUCACUGUGCAUCUUCGCUCGCACACAGGGGAUGCACCUUUCCAGUGCCAACAGUGUGACGCAAAGUUCAAAAUCAACUCAGACCUGAAGCGGCACAUCCGGAUUCACUCUGGUGAGAAACCUUACAAAUGUGACUUUUGCGAGUACCGCUGUGCCAUGAAAGGCAACCUGAAAUCACACAUUCAGAUCAAGCACGGCACAGAGAACUCUUUUCACUGCGUGCAUUGCGACUUCAAGUGUGCCAACAAGACUGCUCUGCGGGAACACUCCAGAGAGCACCAACCCGUUCAGCCCAUUCUGUGUUCAAAGUGCACUUACUCCUGCUCCAGCAAGGGGGCGCUCAAAGUCCACGAGCAGAUUCACUCAGAGGAGCGCCCCUUUAAAUGUGACUUCUGCAACUUUGCCUCCAAGCAGCGCAGCAGUCUCGUCACUCACAAAAAGAAGUGCCACUCGGAUAAGCCCGAGAAAGGCAGUGGCGGUGGGAAGGCGGGAACAGGUGCAGGGAAGAGCGGAGGUGGAGAAUCUCCCAAGCCUGUCAGCUCUCGGUAUCGGGCCAAACUAGAUGCAGCUCGAGCCUUCUGCUGCGACUCGUGCAACGCUUCAUUUGUGCGCGAGGACUCCCUGCGGAGCCACAAGAAGCAACAUAGAGACACUCAGAACGUGUUGCAGCUCCAGCUCUCCACGCCAGCAGAUGCAGUGCGCUUGGUUCCGGUUACAAUGCCACAGAGCAACACUCAGCUUGAAAUUCCCAUCCCAUCCAGCUCCAUGGCUCCUUACAGUAACGCACAGCUCAAAAUCAUCGUGUCUCACCCUUUGGGACAGGAUAACUCCUUAAUCCCAGCUGGAGGGGACAGUCAGAAUAAGACCAACAUGGUUUUGCUCAGCCCAGAAAACCAGGACAUGGUGGUGAACUCCAUCAUCCAGCAGGUUAACCUACUGGCACCUAUGCAACCCCUCGUGUCAUCCCAGACCACAGAAGCCACUCUUGAGCCCCAGGCUGUCCUUUUGACGCAGCUCAGCCCAGAAGAUGCGAGCAACCCUCUCCACCAGGCGCUGCUGCAGACGGCCAUAACCGCUCAGGACUCCAACAGCAACAGCAGCAGCAGCAGCAACACGCAGACUUUUAUCACCACUUGCUCUGAACUGGAGGGCCUCAACACCUUGAUCCAGGAGGGUGGCACCGAGGUUACAGUGGUGACAGAAGGGAACACAACCCUGGUGACGGCAGCGACUCCACCCGACAUGGACCACAUGUCCAAGCCAGCAGAGACACUGGCAGUCGAGGAGAACACGUUACUGGUGCCGAACAUCAGCCUGAGCAGCCAGAACGUGGUCAUCCAUGGCGUCCCGCUGAUCGUGUCCGCUCAGCCACAGCAGAGUGAAAUAGAGCAGCUCUCUCCUCACACACUCUACUCAGAUUCACACACACUAGAACGCAUCCCACAAUGAACGGAGGGUGUUUAUCAUGUCAAACUAAAAAGACUUGAACCGCAUCAUAAGCUAUUUUUCUUUUGCUGGUAAGAACUGGUAGGCCUCAAUUUAGCCACUGAAGUAACAAUACUGUGGACUGAAGCUUAAUAUAGUUUUCAGAUUUUAGAAUAAUUAAUUGUUGUAUUAGCACAAUAGCUCAAUCCAGGAUGUUUUCAUGUUUAACAACGAAUAACUUUUCAUUCUGAAAGCUCAUUCUUUUGGUCUUCACUUCAUACACUUUAUUUCUCUGUGUCAUUUUUGGAGGCGUCAACGUUAAAAUAAACCGUAUUUUAAAUAAACCGAAUGAGUUAUUUUUGCUUAAAAUAGGGUUUAUUUUCAGGCAACAUCAUAGCAGAAACAUCUGAACAAAGACGAAUUACGUGUGAAUCAAAUUCACUUCAAAUUGAAUGUAUUCGCCAUGCAUUUUUAAGGUUUGUCCAAAAGGUGGCAGCAGAGUGACAAGAUUAAAGAGUGACAUGAGGGCCGUGGUGCAGGCUAAUGCUAUUGAUCUUCAAUAUUCUGUAUGUGUAGCUGCUUUUUCGAGGAAUAUUUCUGAGUCCUCAUUGUGAAUGUAGGACAUAGAUGUCGGUUAUAGAGAACAUGAGGCUACAUAUCAAGGUCUUUAGUUUCUAAAAGGCAAGUUGCUCUCCCGAUAGAUUUUUCAAUAAAGUGCCUGUUUUGCUCGUUGCCGUCUAUUAUUGUGGCCAUUUUUACACUCAGCACUUAGUAUUUGCAGAGAGUGGAUGCUGCACCUGAAUAGGAGGCCUCUGAACUGGUGACCAUUGAUUUCUUUCCCGUCUCUCGGCACUAAUGGCUUCACUGAUGCAGCCUCGUCCGUUCGCAGGCUCAGCAUGGCCACAAACUCAGAUGAAGUUGCUUGAGGAUGAGGAUGAUGAUGAUGAUGAUGUUUGCUGGGACUGAAAGUUCACCUCAGAGUUGAUUUGUGUUUCCAACAGGGAGCUGUAGCUGAGGACAGUGUCCUUUGUUGUACAUUCAGAUUGUUCUUUGGCCUCUUUCGUUAAGGAUACCUUUUCCAUGAUAUUCAAUGGACUGAAUAUGAGUGGCUGUCAAGCGUCACUUUAGUACUUACUUUUUCUGUUAUUUUACAGCAUUUAUUAGAGAAAUACUUCUCUUUUUAUUCUGCUAUAUUCAGCUGACAGCUGUGACUGCUGUUUACCUAAAAGAUCUUAUUUGGAGAAAUAUUGUUUUGCAGAUGUAAAAACAGAUAGCAUUGAAGCUGCUAGUUUGCUGAGUUUAGCAUAAGGCCUGGAUAUUCUUUGAUUUAAACUCUGAGUACAUUGAUGUACAAAAGCCACAUUUGCAGUGUAGCUAAGUAUAAAAAUAUAAGAUGUAAGGAUGAAAAAAUGAAACUGGGAUAACAGGAAUGUAUUGAAAUGCAGAGUUAGUAAAACAAAAACAAAAAAACAUCUAUUAGAGCAUUUAAGCUUUAAAACUAAAUCACAAACAAGAAGUCCAGACUAUUUGGGGAAACAAGAUAACUUCCUGUAAAACCUAAACUUGUUUUUUCUUUCUGAGUCAUCAAACUAAAAUGUGUUGAUCAGAGAGCAUUGGAAGCACUGGUAGAUACAUUUUGUUCCCUUUAAUACAAGUCCAGGCAAGUCCUUUUUGAGCUAAAAGUGUGCUGCCUAUAGUUUUAUAUGAAGAUACACUGGAAAAAAAAUGCCUCUCUCAAAGCAAGAAAAAAAAGCUUAUUUCAAAGAACUUUUACCUUGAAAAAAAUCUGCCAAUAGAACAAAUGAAAAACGGCUUGGUGAGAUUUCUUGAAAUAAGAUGUGAUAUUUAGAAGAUUGAGAUCUUAAAAUUAGCUAGGAAAACUUACUUUAAGCUGUAUUUUACCAGGAUUGUCAAGCUUAGGUGUCCUAAAAUAAGCCAGACAUGCUAACAAAUAGUAGUUUUUCACUCAAAAAUCAAUUUCUUCUUUCAUAUAGCCCCCUCAAUUUGAGAUGCAUUAAAUUUAUUUGGAAUUUUUUUUGUAAAAUUCAACUCAAAACAAGACAAUUUCAAGCUUGUUUGACUUAACAAGAUAUUUAAGAUGCAUUGCCUUAAAACAAGUCCCUCCAUCUUGCUGAAAUGUCACUUUUUAAGUGGAAUUAAGUGGGAUGCGACAUUUUGACUAAAAAUAAGACAAAUAGACUUGGUAAGAUUUUGAGUUUUUGCAGUGUAUCCUUAAGGUACAGAUCUAAGCGCUUCUUCCACAUGAAGAAUGUGUCUUUUAUGGGUUUUUUUAAAUCAUUUUCAGGUACAUAAAGCCACAUUACAGUGUAAAAUUACACUCUCUACCUGCACUCAAGCUCACUUUUAGAUUCUACAAAGACCAGUGAUCAGUAGAGUCAGUGGGGACCCUUUUGAACAUUGCGUGUGAUUUCAGGACCAAAGUGCGGCACCUCAACUUCAAGUGGAAGUGCAAAAAAACAGAAAAGAAGCCACUGAAAUUCCACUAUGCAUGAAGAUGAGCGUUGUGUGGGAAAAGCAAGAAGCGCUCUCGGGUGUAUCUCUUUGAUCUAUUAUCUAACAGACUUCCAGGCCAUAAUCUUGAGCACCCUUGAGGAGGAGAGCCCAUCCCCCCCCGGCCCUCCACCCCUCCUUCUCUACAUGUGACAUCAUGGCUGGGUUAAGGGUUUUUUUUUUUUUCUCUGUAGGCUACGACAUCUUUAGAGUGACCGGGUGGGAAACUUUGAACUGCUGUGUAAUGAAACACUAAAAUGUAUUUGUUUAUUUUGUGUAUGUUUGGUGGCAUUUAAGGUGAAAAAUGAAUGACUUAUAUGAUACACCACACUUGAUUUUAAACAGCUUUUCGAUUUCAAAGAACCUAUCAGCAGCUAAUGCUGGUGUUCUGCUUUGGUUUAUGGUUUGGAAACAGUAGCAGGAGUUGCAAACCAACCUCUUGAUACUGUAUGGCACUUCUCAGUUCCUUCCUUCCUGUGUUUGAGAUGUCAGCCUUUGAAUGGGGUCAUAAAUGUCUCCCCAAAAAAGCAAUUUCCACUCACAGCUGCUUAAAGAAAUCGUAAGUUGUGAUGCAUUCCUUCUGGACAUGAACAGAUCCAGAAAGGACCAGGUGAUAGAAGGACAACAGCCAGAGCCAGAUCCCAUGUGAGCUCCGGGAAAGGGAAAAAAAAAAUAGCAGGGUUGGUGCUUUAAAUAGUGUGAAAAUGUCACAGGGCUGUAAAAUAAACCUAAAUGAAUUGAGUAUGUUAAUUUCUUUCAUCAGAGGUGGUUAUAAAUCAGUCACUGAGAGCAAACAGUGUGUUCACGCUGCACUCCUCCAGGUACAAUCUGUCACUUGGUCCAACAAUACAUUUCUGACCUUUGCUUUGUUUGCACACAAUUUGCUGUCCCGUCAGUAAAUGGCAUUGAAUUUCUUAAUGAAAUUAACUGAUUGGUAAAGUAUUGAUAUGGAUUUGUUUUCCCGAUGCAAGCAUCUUUCUUCUCUCUUUUUUUUCCCCCCUUCCCUGUGACACUAUUGACAUCUUAAGUGAGUUUUGAUUUCUCAGUACACUGGAGGCUUUUAUCUUGUCUCUGUUCAAUUCUUUUUGUCUGUGUGAUAGAAAUUCAAGAUGAUAGAGGGAUUUGAUCGGCCGUUUUCAGCCACGUAACAAAAAGACACCUUAAUUUGCCUUUCUGAAUGCAAUGUGAUUAUUUGCUGAGACAUUAUUAAGCUAUUGUAGUGUCUAAGAGUGGAAUCGAUAGACUUUUGGGCAAACUAAGAUUACUUUGCCUGUGCGGGCGGUUUUAUGUUUCAUAUUACAUUUUUGAAAAUGAAAUCAUGCACAAUUUGCAGGCGUUCACAUCGUAGUAACGAGUUUUUCCACACUUUCCGAAAGCUCUGUCACUAUUCUGUGGCUUUCUUUUGGUAUUUGAGUGUUUAGGGUGUUGUUUUUGUCUCCUUUUUUGUCUAUCUCGGCUUGUCAGGAAGCAUUACUCUGACAGCUGUUUUGUUGUUGUUUCUUCAAGAUUGAAAGCAGAGUUUAAGACCAGUCCUCAGGGGGCAGGAAAAUAAGUAUAAUUUUGAGCCACCAGGCAUGGCUGGAGUGAGAGAACCGAAGCCCAUAAAAGUCCUUUAGUGGACAAAAGAAUGCUACGGUAUCUCCUGUUCUUCAGCACAGAGCCACUGGCUUUUAUAAUAAUGCCCUUUAUUCCUUUAUGACAAUGUGGGUUUCACCAUUUAGCGGUGGACCACUGAUUGUGAUCUUGUGAAUGCAAAUAACCAGCUAUCAGCUUUUGUGAUUCAGCGACAAAGACAUUUAGCCAUUGUUUUCCCGCUCUUGUUUCUGUGCCACUAACCCUAAACAAAUGAAUGUUUGCAUGGUUUUGGCCGUGCGCAUGGUGCCAUGCAUUGAAGGGGGCAACAAUCCCUCAAUUGUUUCCUUUUUUUACAUAUUUAGUGGGAUGCAAGUUGUGUUGGGAACACCAGCUAAGUGUCGGGCCAUCAGGUUUGGCCCCGCACAGAUGCUGGAUUUGUUUUUUUAUGCUCGGUUUUGUGACAACCUCUGAUCAUUCUCGCACGUCAGCAUGUUGCUUUGUGUGUUCUCGCUCGGCAUUCUCAGAGUUUGCAGAGCAGGACGGUCAGUUUUUGUAUGGUUGGACAUUUGUUUUCAUCGGCCUGCUAUUACAGAGGGGCUGUUCUUAGGCAUUUCAGAAUUUAGCUGGAGUAGUGAAUCUAUUUAUAAAUGCAAUGCAGAUGAGCAGCUCUUUUUUUUUUACUUUUUGGACAUUUAGAAAGACAAAUACUUGUUGCAAGCGCCUAGCAGGAUUCACGAUUUACACGCUGAUUCUGAAAAAUAAUACUUAUGUGUUGUUUUUGGUGUGAAUAUCGUCAAAGUUGAAGCAGCUGCCUGGUCAAACAAACCUAUUUACAAUUUUAGAAAUUCCUCUGGUUUCAACAGAUGGCUAUGAGCAAGCAAAAUAUGUUCUUUGUUCACACAUGCCUUAUCCUAAAAAAAACAAACAUGAUGGAAAUCUGAUCUUUACACAUCCAAGCCAUUGUUGUAUGUGUGUGUGUGUGCACAUGCAUGUGUAUGUGCUUCAGUGUUUGUUUACCUUCCUUGCUUUCAGAGUGCUUAAUGCACACAGAUACAGCUGCCACAUUCAUUCUUAUACAACAGGGGAAAAAUAAAGCGCUUGUUGGAUAUGGGACAGUUAAAAAAUAGUAUUUUGUAAAUAGUAGCCUGCUCUAUUUUUUUAAGAGCAUCAUUAACAUCUUUUAUUUGUCCCCACAAAAUUUCACUUCAUGCACUGCGUGAGAUUUUUUUUCUCAAGCAACCAAACAAGGCUACGAAUACUAGUUUUGUUUUUAGUUCAUUUACGGUUUCUUAAUUGUGUCCGUCCUUUUCGUCACUGCUGAGGAUUCACAACACCUAUGGAGUCAAUCAGUGGCAGACCCAGGAAAUGUUCUUGUUUUCAUUUUGAUAUGCUGCGGUGUUUCUCAGGAAUGGAGAGGAGAAGAGAGAGAGAAGAUAAGAUUUAAGUUGUGCUUUUCACUGUUAGCAUUUCUAACAAAAGCAGUGACUUCAGUUUUUUUAAACCUUGUGUCGUCCUGCGGGUCGAAUUGGCCCGAUUUAAAGUUUGGAAAUGUGGGGGGAAAAAUCUAUUUCAUCGUGAAACUUCUGGUGUCCACAUGUUCAACAUUUUUGGGAAAUCUUUGAACAUUUUUUUGGUGGAAUGAAAGAAAUGUUAAAACAAAUGUUUCUAAAGAACAUUCACCAAAAAAAUCAACCAAAAUCCAGCAAAUUUCACUGGAUUUUAGUUGAUUUUUUUGGUGAAUGCUCUUAAAGAAAAUAUUAGAAGUUUUACUGAUAUACAGGAAAUCGCUUUAGAUAAUUUUAGGAAUUUUUCUAAGAUUUUAAUAAUUUUUUAGAAAUAUUUUAAAAGUUUUCUUGCCAAAUUUGGAGGAUUUUUUAAAUAAAACUUUUAAGGGAAACUUUUAAGGAAUUAUUGGAAUUUUGUUCCUGAAUAUUUUGCAAAUUUUCAGAAAUUUGGGAAAUUUUUUUUGCAGAAUUUUUUCAGACAUUCGGUGCCCGUAAAUGAAGACAACAGGAGGGUUAAUGUAAAGAUGAUUAAAUGUUGCCUACAUCCCUGUUGAUGCUCUUUAUUUCUCUUGAAAUGAAGCUCUCUUACUGCCACCAUAAUGUCCACCCAACCCCAUGAUCCAAGUCAUCCCCUGUCCAUAUUUGCUGUUUGUUUGACCCCAUAAGGCCACGAACCCUGGCUGAUCCUUCAUCUGAGGACAAAGCUUAUGUUUGCAGUGACAUCAUAAAUGCCUGUGCCGAGAAAACAAUGGCUGAUGAAUUUAGCAGGGAGUCGAGCACAGCGGACAGCAGAGAGAGACACGGAGACGUGGCCUGAAACUUCCACUGUCAUGGAAAGUUUUCAGACGAGGACCCACACCUUGGCCAAACAUGCAGAGUGCUUCCCAAAAAACGGGGCUUAGCUGGAGAUCAGAUUGCUGUGCUUGUCGCAGAGACAGUGGAAGGGGAGGGAGGGAAGCAUCGCUGGGAUCAUCAGGUUAUAACACUAAAUGUUUAUAUGAAGCUCUGUGACUGCUGGAGACAGUCAGAGACGGGGCUCUGCUCCUUGGGGAAGAAAGACGCUUUGUUUUUAUAGGCUGCCUGGAAUGUGUUGAGGACUGUGGACAUCUGCUUUAUUAGCAUAUGUGCAUCCACCCCCAGCUAUGAAUCUGCUGGUGGUCUGAUAAUGUAUCAUACUGUUCCCGAUAUCUGUAAAUACGGACUGUGCGAAUGACAGGUUUGCAGUUCUUUGCACCAUUUAAUUAAUGGGCUGCAUUUCGCAUUCAAUAAUGUACAUCUAAACCUGCAACACAGGAAGCAGCCUGUGAGAAAUGUCUGCUUUUGAAUGCAUGUUUUUUUUCUUUUUUGCUGUUGUUGUUUCAGUUGCACUACCCACAGAUUAUAGGUUGCUGUUUCAGUCUGGCUCUCCUGGAGCUUUUUGGUGUGAAAAUUCCUCAGAGGCAUUCUCAGAGUCAUUCUCAGGUCGUUUCAGAUGCAUCCCACCCAUGCAGUCAUACUGACUCGUGGAUUACCAUUUUCUUUGUUAGGCUAAUUGCAUUAUUGUGGCUUUUUUUAAAAAUCAAGUAGGUGGUGUUUGAGCCGGUGAAUGAAUGUACAAUCGCUUAUGGAUGAGAUUUAUUUCUUCACAUGUAAAUGAAAUGCUUCUUUUUUCACCGUCUGCUGUAAAGUUUCCACAGUCUGGAUGUGACAGUUUAAAUCAUUUCACGGUGAGAAUUGAUUAGGUGUGGAUUCUAUGAGCAAUUGGAAUAAAUGUAAUCUCAGUAUUA